AUGCGCGUGGUGCACCUGUUGAAAUCACUUAUAAUCAGGUAAUUGCUGCUGAAAAUGUGCUCUGUAUGCAGCAAGGAAGCAGGUGUGGGUCGUUUCAGGCUGUAUUACAGAAGUAUUACCCAACACGGAUCCACUGAAGACACAAAAUAACGACUUCAUCUUAAAGUUCGAGGUGUUUAAAGUGUUUCAGGUGUUUAUAGUCAUGAAUCCUCCAACCAGCAGAGAGGAUACAAGCCCGACAGAGCACUACAUGCCCCAGGCUUCAUCGUCAUCAGGAGCAGCAGGAGGUUUGUAUCUGGACGCCUAUGAGGUCUCGUUCCCUCUGGAGGGGAGUAUGGAGAGACCUUCUGCAUAUCCUCUGAAUCAUGGCCAGCAGAUGAUGGACGAGCCCGUGGUGCACGAGCCUCCUCACUCUCAGUACAGCCCCUUCAUCCUGGUGUCGAACCUGCGAGCUCACCUGUACGUCGCUCUGGAGAAGAACGCCUGGCUGCAGAAGCGAAUCGAGGAGCUGGAGGAGGAGAGAAACUUCCUGCGCUGUCAGCUGGACCGCUUCAUCGUCAGCAUGAGGGGUCCAGAGGUGUCCGAGUGGUUUGGAGACGCACAGCGAGGUGUGAAGGUCCAGCCCUCCAGCUCUCCCUCUCCUCCCUCCCCCAUGACCACCAGGUCUGGGAUGACCCUGAAACGCCUGCAGGGACCAGGCCCCCGGACCCGCCGCAGCACCACCAUCCCCGUUAAACAGGAGUUUCAUCUGGAGGAGGAUAAAUACUACACAGAGGACGAGUACGUGGAGGAGGAAGAGGAGGAGGAGGACGACGUGGACUCGUCGGUAGAGAAGGGAUCGAAGAAGAAGGGCAGAGGGCGAGGCAACGGAGAGCCGAGGAUGAAGAUGAGGAGGAUCUUCAGGAUCACUCACGGGAGGGAGAGACAGAGAGUCAAAGACCCAGAUGGUGUCCUGAUCCGCUACAAGAAGAUCCUAACCACCUACCAGCGUGUGAGGAGCAUGUCCCGAGCCUUCCAGAUCCACGGCGUCGACCGAAACACGAUGGCCUCCACCUCCCCCAUCGCUGAAAUACUGCUCGUGGCUCCAGAGAAGGUUGCAGAGGUCGGGGAGUUCGAGGCUUCAAAGGAGAAGCUUCUGGAUUACGCCAGACGAUGCUACAAGACGAUGGACGAGCCGACGCACGCCAAAGUGCAGGGCAUGAAGAAGACUCACAAGCUGCUGCCAAUCUCCUACAGGUUCAGGAACUGACAGAAGGAGGUUUCUACUCUCAAAAUGAAGAUGAUGAAGAAAAUAUGAAUAAGUCAGAGAACAAUAUAUUUCUGUUGACAUGCUGCCUGAUUUGUUUUUGUAUUGGAGAUUUAUUUUGUCAUAUUUAAGCAGCUGGAUUAGAUUUUUUUUCAACAUGUUCAAGAUUUUGCCCAAGAACCAGAGAGCUAAUAAAUGAGCUAAAGAUGCGCCAUAUCAUGCUCUAUGAUUUAAAAGCCAGCAAACAUAUCAAAUACAGUCUGUCUGUAAGAAGCUGUGAGAUGUUGAUGAAGUAUUUUGUUUUGGAAAGUGUUCACAGGGAUGAUUGUUUACUCUAAAGACCCUCAGGUUUCAUUGUUUGUUUGUUUUGUAACAAAAGAGGAAAACAUAUUUGAUUUAUUUAUUUUGUCUGAGAGUUGUGUUCUUGAAAGAAAGGACGUUUUUCUGUUUCAUCUCAUGUCUGAGAUUAUUAUUUGUGUUGAUAGAAGAAAGGUUGAACUGUCCCGUUAAGCAAUAGAAUAAAUGACUUUAAAUGUG